CGUGGAUCAGAGAGAAGCAGGGACUGCUCUUGGCCGGAGCCGGCGCCAGGAGUGGGUGGCGCGAUGAGCGGUUGGAUGGCGUGGGGCCGAGCGCAGCGGGCUGCGGCCCUGGGCCUAGCGCUGCUCAGCUUCGGGCUGGGCCUGGAGGCCGCCCCGACCUCGACCCCGACCUGGUCCUUGACCCAGGCCCCAGGCCCCAGCACAGCCUCGUGCCCGCCCACCAACUUCCAGUGCAGGAGUGAUGGCCGCUGCGUGCCCCUCACCUGGCGCUGCGACGUUGACCAGGACUGCCUUGAUGGCAGCGACGAGGAGGAGUGCAGUACUGAGCCGUGUGCCCAGGACGGGCAGUGCAAGCCACCCACUGGCAGCCCCUGCUCUUGUGACAGCAUCGAUGACUGCCCUGAUGGCAUCAACAAGAAUGUUCUCAACUGCGGGCACCAGCCCUGCCCGGAGGGAGAGCUGCGCUGCCCGCUGGGCGGUUCCUGUAUCCCACGCACGUGGCUCUGCGAUGGCCACCCGGACUGUUCCGACUCCAGCGAUGAGCUUGGCUGUGGAACCAACACCCUCCAAGAAGGGAGUGCCACAUCCGUGGGGACCCCUGUGACCCUGGAGAGUGUCACUUAUCUCAGGAAUGCCACAGUUACCUCUGUCGGGGACCGGGACUCAGUUCAGUCUGGAAACCGAAGUGCCUAUGGGAUCAUUGCAGCUGCCGUGGUGCUAAGUGUAGGUCUGGCCGCCGCCAUCCUCUUCAUGUUGUCACGGCUCUGUGCCCAGGGACUCUUGUCCCCGCUGGGGCUGCUGGUGUCUGCGAAGGGGUCUCUGCAGUCAGAGAGGACGGCCUCAGUUCUCUGAGGAUGAUUUCUUGCUGCCACAUCACAUGGUCCCGAGUAUGGCAGGUAUGGGGACCCGCGCGUGGCUGUUGGCACAGCAGCCCCCAGACUUUGGUUCUUCUGGCCACGUGGCGCCAAGUACCUGAGCUCCUGCAGAUGUGACCCUGGAGGCUGGGAGCGUCCAGACCCUCCCCUGGACUCGAGGAGCCUGGAUGGGGAACGUGCCACAGCCAGAACCGAGGAGCUGGCCCUAGGUCGUUCCCGGGGUGGCCCCCUGCUCAGAUACUACUGUUGCCCCCUCCUGAGGGUGGUGAUUAA